AUGUACCCUUCCGAGACAUAUAAAAGCAUCAAAUUCCCUUCGCUCCUCCUCCCCAUUUCCUUCUCCCCCUUUCCACCUUUUUCCCUCCAAUCCACCUGCCUGCCCUCCUCAAUUCUCCCCACUCCCUCCCCCCUCCCUCAUGCGACCUGCUAUCCUCUCACAGGCUACCACAACCUGCUGGACCGGAUGGCAGGGCGGCAACCAUGCACUGCACGCGCAUGCAGUGGGUCCACCACGCAGGCAGCCUUGUCGUCGUCUUUGCUGCCGGCGCGUAAGCCGGCGCAGGACAUGCGCGAGUGGCCGUGCCUGCGGCCAACGCAGAACCAGGCCUCAUCGGAACUGAUUUUUCUCUCAGGAGCCACCACAGGUGGUGGAGCUUCCGUUGGAGCAAGUGAGGAUCACACGGCCAGCCAACUCAACCCCUUCCCGUCCCUAUUUCUCCUUUCCAUGUCUGCUCCCCGCCUCUCUCCCCAUUGCCGCGCCCACUCGCCCCUCUCUCCCCACUGCCCUGCUCACUCGGCCCACUCUCCCCUCCGCCCAUAUUGCGCCUCGGUCAUCUCUUGA